GAAAGUAAGGGAAAGCAACCGAUAAAACAAUCGGCAUAUUAACAUUACUCUGAGUAAAUAUUUGUUUUAUUUUACCACCAGAAUGAGAAAAGCAACUUUAAACAGUCAACUGUUUGUAUGGUGGCAUAUUACUGCCACGAGAUAGCUAGAAAAAAUGCACACAUUUCCUGGAAAGUUUACAAAUUAUAGCAACCAAGCUAUCUCGUGGCAGAAAUAUGCAACCAUAAAUUCGUUAAUUAUAAAUUCUUAAACAUAAGAUGCACAGACAUGGUCAUAAUUAUACACUGUGGUGAAGUGUUAGUUUACUGUUAGGUAUCCGGAUAGUGCAAGUAAACGCUGACCUCAUAAACAGGUAUCUUGAAUUUAGAUGACUAUUUUAGCAUUCUGCUUACAUGAGAAAAUAUGACUCAAAUCAAAAGAAAUUCAAAGGAAUAUAAUAUGUUGCAAUAACAUGGGUCGUAAAAAAUGGCGGAACAGAAACAAUUAUGAUGCACAUGGAGGUGCCCAUUAUCAGCAACAGGAUGCGCAUUAUCAGCAAUGGGAUACUCAAGCACAUUCUUCAACGUCUGCACCAUUAAGGGAAUCUUACUGCCUAAAUGAGCACCUGGGAUCUGAGAGUAGAGGCACAGAGUUCAAGAAUGGUCCUGGCUUUAUUAGACAUGGUUUCCGUGAGAAUGUUGCAAAAUAUGUCUGUGGCUUUGUCAACAGUCAAGAAAACGGAAAGCUUUUAAUUGGAGUGAAUGAUGAUGGGCGUGUAUCCGGCUAUGAGUGUAGUCAUCAUGAAGAGGAUAGCUUACGCCGUGACGUUGAUGAAGCAGUAAAGGAUCUAGUCCCAGCUAUAUUUCCUGAAGAUUACAGUGUUAGAUUUGUACAAGUCUGUAAUGAAAAUGGUCAUCGUAUUGGAAAUAUAAAAGUAAUAGAGAUCAUAGUUCGAGGUGCACACAUAGAGGUUAAGGACCAGCUAUAUCAGAAUAAACAGGGAGUGUUCAUACGUCGUGAUGGUAGUGUUCAGGAGCUCAAAGCACAUGAAAUACAGGAGUGGACUCGAAGGAGAUACCAGGGUGAGAUGGACAAAGUGAGAAAAAACGAAGGAAACCUACAAAGUGAGCUUCAGACAAAGGCAAGUGAAUUACGUCAAUUGGAGGAGAAGCUGCAACAGAAAAAUGAUGAAUUACGAAGAAAAGAGAUGGAACUUGAUAGACAGAAGUCAUCAUUGAACCAUAUGUCAGAUAAGAACAGACAGCUACAGGACGAGAACAAUAAACUUAAGCAACAUACAGAACAAAACGGAGCCCAGGGUAAUAAUCAAGUGAUAGAACGGCUUGACAAGAUGGAACAGAUGUUGGUAAAUAACAAGAAGUCGAAAGUCUGUGUUAUAUCUUGACAGAAUGACACUAGGGACUGAAACAUACUUUUUUGUUAUAUCUUGAAAAAAAGCUGUUAUUGUCAGAGAUGGGAUCACAUUGUCCUGUUGCGUACUGAACCAAAUCACCUGUGCGCCAUAAGUGAUUAAAGUGAAAAGUGAUAAACUUUUGGAAAUUAUUAUCAUUACUAUCAUUGUCAAAAGGAUGUUUAAUUAUUAUGUUUGUGUAGGUAAAACCACAAUUUAAACUGAUUUGUUGUCUGCAGAUUUGUUUGUUUAGAUUCUUUUGAAGCAUAGAAGGCAGCUAAUUCAAAUAAGGAGACCACCGUGUUCGAGUGGUUAAUUUCUUUGGCUUAAGUCAGUUUAGGUUCAAUUCUCACUUGUCGCAUAGUUGCUUUACUUUUCGAAGACCCCUAGUAACAUGCUAAUAAACAAAGUCUUCCAAAGGAUCUGUAGCAGAUUUUAUUCAUAAUUACUUAAUUUUAUAUCUGAAAAACCCUGAAACAAGCUAUGUUUAUAUUUGAUUUUGCUCAUUUAUUCUAUACACAUGUAUAAAACAUUGUGUCAGGCUAAUGUACACAGUACAUGGUUUGAUUGAUCUCAUAGAGAAAUAAUUGGUUUUAUGUACACUAAGCAGAUCUGUGAUUUAUUUUUCAUCUUGAUAUAAUUAUAUGUACAUUAUUGUGAUGUUUAAUUUGAUUUUACAAUGUCUGUUAAAAUGUUUUUAUGUUGAAGUUAAAUCUUGAUUUUUUUUCUGUAUGAAAUCUUCAUUGUUUAUUCUGUCAUAACCAUACCAGAUAAAAUACCAAAGACUUUAAUUCUUUUCAUGCUAUAUUUAUCGCUUUGUUGUGCAUUGAAAUCUGGCUUUGAAAGAUUAAAUUGCAUAAUAAAAUCUUUGGAUAAUAAGUACACCCUGUAAUCAGUUCUAUUUAUCUUUAAAAGGCUUUAUUGUUACCAUCUUUCUAGAUCAUUGAUUUUCUGAAUGUAUUCAUACCUAAUUAUUAUGAAUAUUUUUAAUAAUCAGACUAAUAGUAUGUUUUUAUGUGUGGGCAUCACAAUCCAGACAGAGUCUGAAAUACGUUACGUAGAAAUGAUAGUGUUGCUAUGAAAUUAUUAAUUUCUGCUGAGUAUGAAAUUCCACUCUUAUUUGGACAGUCUUGAUAAACACUUGCUAUAGAACUUCAAAAUGACUACAGGGGUCUCCGCACCACCUCUAUGGGAGAAAAAACUCACGUUGGAAGCCAUCCAGCUGGCUUGUUGAAGGUCGCCGGUUCUACACAGGUACCAUCCCAUGCCUAAAAUAAUGUUGGACGGUCUUCCUCCACCAAGUAAAGCUGGAAAGUCGUUAAAUGACCUGAAUUGUAUCAGUGUGACGUUAAAGUCAACAAAACCAGAACAGAAUCGAAACAGCCAUUCAAAAGAUCCAAUAUAGUUUUCACAAUUUCAAAACCUUAAUAAAGUGUAUCUUUUCAAAUUAUGAUCGAUUUUAAACACUCUUUCAGUGUUAUAUGAAGAAUUGAAAGAUUAGACUCUAACAAUACUGCUUGCAAUUCUUUGCCUUUCACUUUUAAGAAUUUGUGGUUGGAUAUAGAAUAGCAAAAGGUGUGGAAUGUCUAAAACUUUAAUGUUUUUCUCUAUGUGUUUUUUUACACUGAUUUUAAGGUGAAGGGGAAUCCCAUUUUUGUCCACCGCUUUCUCUAUGUCCGGUCCGUAACUCUGCCAUACGUCAAGGGAUUUUAAAACUACAUGGGACAGAUGUUUUCCAUAACAAAAUAGCAUGUCGCGCGCAACAUCAAGUUCCGUGAAGUUCACACUUAAGAGGACAGAGGUUAACAAUGUCUGUUCAUAUCCAAUCCAUUCCUCUGCCAUCCGUCAAGUAAUUUAAUUUUACUUGGUACAAAUGUUCCCUAUAACAAGAAGAUGUAUCAUGCGCAAGAUCCAGGUUCAUAGCUCAAAGAUCAGGGUCACACUUAGAUGUCAGAUUAACAGGGUGUGUUUGUGUCCAGUCCAUAUCUCUGCCAUUCAUUAAGGGAUUAAUUUUACUUUUCACAAAUGUACCCCUUAAGAAGACAAACUGUCACAUGCAAGACCCAAGCCAAAGGGUUUAGGCCAAUCUUGGAGGUCAAAGGUUAACAGGAUUUGUGUCAUGUCCAGUCCAUAACUCUUUCUACCGAAGGUUUUGAUAUUACUCGGCACAGACGUUUCAUAUAACCAGACGACGUGUCGCGGGUAAAAAGCCAUGCCCAUGAGAUCAUAUGUCAAGGUCAAACAUUUACAAGUCUGAUUUUAUCCGAUUUAGCCAUCCAUCCAAGGAUUUAAUUGAUGUUCUUCAUAACAAGACACAAGGUUUGAUGAAAUAUCCAGGUCAUUAUUUCCAAAUUUUCAACGGUUGUGAAAAAACGUCCUUUGGCGUGUGCGGGGGGUGGGGUCGGGGCGCUGGUAACUCAUACAAUUUCUUUUUUGACAUUCAUUUUGUGUUCUUAGUGGUUAAGGAAUAUAUGUUUUUGGAAAUUUCAUCAGCAUUUUAGCUCAGCUGAGCACGAAGUGCUCAAAGUGAGCUAUUGUGACCAGUCGUCGUCCGACGUGCUUCAACAUUUGUCUUAUUAACACUCUAGAGGCCACAGUUUUGACCCAAUCUCUAGGUCAAGUUUGAAACUGGGUCAUGUGGGGUCAAAAACCAGGUCAGUAGGCAAAAAGAAAAAUCUUGUUAACACUCUCGAGUCCACAGUUUAAGUUUGAAACUCAUGAGAAUUGGUCAGAAUGUUUGUCUUGAUGACCUCUAGGUCAGGUUCGAAUCUGGGUCAUGUGGCUUCAAAAAUUAGGUCACCCGGUCAAAUCAAAGGAAAAGCUUGUUAACACUGGAGGCCACAUUUAUGACACUAUUUUUAUGAAAGUUGGUCAGAAUGUUUAUCUUAAUGUUUUUAGGCCAAGUUCGAAACUGGGUCAUGUGGGGUCAAAAACUUGGUCACUAGACCAGAUCAAAGGAAGAUCUUCUUAACACUCGAAGAGACCAUUUAUGACCGUAAGAGGCGACUAAUAGGGUCUUAACACUUGGUUUUGCUGUAACUCUGUGAUUUCAGCAGGUAUGCAAAUUUUGAUUCCUUACCUCAUGUUUUUAUUUCGAUGUAAAUGAGAUGUGAAACCAAAAUGUGUAUUCCUGUUUGACGCCAUAUAGCCUAAACUGUGUUGGUGCGCCGUAAAACCCAAAUAAAUACUAAGAGACCAUUUUAAGUCUGAAACUUAUGAAAAUUGGUCAUAAUGACCUCUAGGUAAAGUUAGAAUCUUGGUCAUGUGGGGUGUAUGCAAUAGGGACUGCAUUUUACACUGGAUUUUCAUGAAAUUUGAUCAGAAUGUUUGUCUUGAUGAAAUCUAGGUCAAAUUCGGAAUAUGGGUCAUCUGGGUCCAAAAAUAUAUCACCUGGUCAAAUCAAAGAAAAACCUUCUGUAUGAAAAAGAGGCUGUUUUUUUUCACUGGAUAUUCAUGAAAUUUGAUCAAAAUGACCUUCUUGAUAAAAUCUAGGUCAAGUUCGAAUAUGGGUCAUCUGGGGUCAAAACUAGGUCACCUGAUCAAAUCAAAGAAAAACCUUGCGUAUGCAAUAGGGGCUGCAUUUUUCACUUUAUAUUCGUGGAAUUUGAACAGAUCGUUUGUCUAGAUCAAAUCUAGGUCAAGUUUGAAUAUAGGUCAUCUGGGAUCAAAACUAGGUCAUUCUGUCAAAUCAAAGAUUCACCUUACACAAUAGGGGCUGCAUUUUUAGCUCACCUGAGCAAUGCUCAGGUGUGUUUUUCUGAUCGCUCGAUGUCCGGCGUCCGUCGUCUGUCGUCCGUCAACAUUUAGCUUGUGUAUGCGAUAGAGGCUGUAUUUUUCUAUUAAUCUUCAUGAAGUUUGGUAAGAAUGAUUACCUUGAUGAAAUCUAGGCCGAGUUUGAAAAUGGGUCAUCUGGGGUCAAAAACUAGGUCACUGGGUCAAAUCAAAGAAAAACCUUGUGUAUGCGAUAGAGGCUGUAUUUUUCAGUUGAUCUUCAUGAAUUUUUGUCAGAAUGAUAACUUGGAUGAAAUCUAGGCCGAGUUCGAAAAUGGGUCAUCUAGGAUAAAAACCUAGGUCACUAGGUCAAAUCAAAGAAAAACCUUAUGUAUGCGAUAGAGGCUGUAUUUUUCAACUGAUCUUCAUGAAAUUUUGUCAGAAUGAUAACCUUCAUAAAAUCUAGGCCAAGUUCGAAAAUGGGUCAUCUGGGAUCAAAAACUAGGUCACUAGGUCAAAUCAAAGAAAAACCUUGUGUAUGCGAUAGAAGCUGUAUUUUUCAAUUGAGGUUCAUGAAUUUUGAUCAGAAUGAUAACCUUGUUGAAAUCUAGGCCAAGUUCGAAAAUGGGUCAUCUGGGGUCAAAAACUAGGUCACUAGGUCAAAUCAAAGAAAAACCUUGUGUAUGCGAUAGAGGCUGUAUUUUUCAACUGAUCUUCAUAAAAUUUUGUCAGAAUGAUUUUCUUGAUGAAAUCUAGGCUGAGUUUGAAAGUGGGUCAUCUGGGGUCAAAAACUAGGUCACUAGGUCAAAUCAAAGAAAAACCUUGUGUAUGCAAUAGAUGCUGUAUUUUUCAAUUGAUCUUCAUGAAAUUUGGUCAGAAUGAUUGCCUUGAUGAACUCUAGGCCAGUUACGAAUAUGGGUCAUCUGGGGUCAAAAACUAGGACACAAGGUCAAAUCAAAGAAAAACCUUGUGUAUGCAAUAGGGGCUGCAUUUUACACCGGAUCUUCAUGAAAUUUGAUCAGAGUGUUUGUCUGGAUGAAAUCUAGGUUGAAUUUGAAUAUGGGUCAUCUAGGGUCAAAACUAGGUCACACGGUCAAAUUAAAGAAAAAAACUUGUGUACGCAAUAGGGGCUGCAUUUUACACUGGAUAUACAUACAAUUUAGUCAGAAUGAUUGCCUUAAUGAAAUCUAGGUCAAGUUAGAAUAUGGGUCAUCUGUGGUUAAAAACUAGGUCACUAGGUCAAAUAAAAAAAACCUUGUGUAUGCGAUAGAGACUGUAUUUUUCAAUUGAUCUUCAUGAAAUUUGGUCAGAAUGAUAGCCUUGAUAAAAUUAAGGUCAAUUUUGAAUACAGGUCAUCUGGGAUCAAAAACUAGGUCGCUAGGACAAAUCAAAGAAAAAGGUUUUGUAUGCGAUAGAGGCUGUAUUUUUCAAUUGAGGUUCAUGAAAUUUAGUCAGAAUGAUUGCCUUGAUCAAAUCUAGGCCAAGUUUGAAUGUAGGUUACCUUGGCUUAAAAACUAGGUCAUUAUGUUAAAUUGAAGAAAAUACUUGUUAACACUUCAAGAGACUACAUUUUUGGUCCAAUCUUAAUGAAAAUUGGUCAUAAUAUUUGUUUCCAUGAAAUCACUGUGUCAAACAUGUUAACACUGUUAUGGUAUGUUUAGGUGAGCGACCUAGGGCCAUCUUGGCCCUCUUGUUCAUCUGAUGUGCAUGAAACUUGGUCAGAAUGUUUGUCUCAAUGAAAUCUCGAAUCAGCUUUUAUCUGAGGCAAGUGUGGUUAAAACAAAUAAAAAGCUUGUUUACACUCUAGGAGCCACAUUUUAGAUUCAAUCUUCAUAAAACUUGGUCAGAAUGUUUGUAAUUACAAAGUCUUACAUGAUUUUGAAUCUGGGUCACGUGAGGUCAGAUCAAAGGAAAAGCUUGUUUACACUCUAGUGACCACUUUUUUGCUCCAAUCUUAGCGAAACUUUGUCAGAAAGAUUGUCUUUAUGAAAUCUUGGACGAAUUUUUAUCUGGGUCACGUGGGUUCAAAACCUAGGUUACUAGGUCAAAUCAAAGAAAAUGCUUGUUUACACUCAAGAGGCCGCAUUUUUGGUGCAAUCGUAAUGAAAAUUGGUCAGAAUGUUUAUCUUCAUGAAAUCUCAGACGAGUUAAAAUUUAGAUCAGGUUGAUUUAAAAACGAGGACACCAGGCCUAAUCGAGGAAAAAUCUUGUUUACACUCUAGAUGCCACAUUUUUGUUCCAAUCUUGAUGAAACUUGGUCAGAAUGUUUAUCUCCUUGAAAACUCGUACGAUUUUGAAACUGGGUCAUGUAAUGUCAAAAACUGGGUCACUAGGUCAAACAUGUUCACACAGUUAUAGAGUGUUACUUAGGUGAGCGACCUAGGGCCAUCUUGGCCCUCUCAUUUACGUUAGUGGCUGAGGAGAUGUUUUAGUGUAUAUCAUAUUGAAAGUAAUGAAUCAUCGAAAAUGUUUUUGAAUAUUUGCAGUGCCAUAGUGUAGAGAAGAUAUCUUUUCAUUGAAUCAGAUAGAGUGUGUCCUAACUUUUAUAAGGAUUUUAUCUACCCGAGAAGAAGGGAUGCCAUCGGCAGUCAUGAUAUCGGUGUAUUGGCGAUAUGGACAAGUUACAGAAUUUUAGAGUAAUGAUGCAAAUAGAAAAAUGAUAAUAAUAGAAGUACCACAGAUAGAUGAGAUACGACAAACACAUUUUUUACUAUGAAUAUUCAAAAGGAAAUGAAUGCAACUAUAAAUUUGACUUGAAUGAUCACAGAUACUUUUCUUGUUCUUUGUACUGUGUAUUCAUAAUGGAUGUUUGUCGGCACAAUCAGCGGCAGGGGAAAUAUCAUAUCCUAUUUAUUAAAUGAUGCUUUUUUUUGUGUUCAUAUUAACUUAAUCUGUGGGUAUGUAAUUUCUCAAAAUAGAUACGAUAAGAAAAAGUCUAUCUGAAUUUUAUAACUUGCUUUCUCCGGAAGUGUGUGUUCUUUGGAAUGUGCUGUGUUAUACGUUUUCUGAGAAUUUUCAGUACAAAGGUUUUACAAAAUAAAAACGAAAUUAUAA